AUGCUGCUCCUGGGAGAAUCAAGCCGGACAGGUGAGAAAAGUGGUCCAAAACUGCUGCUUACACCCAAUGACUCAAGGGGACUGGAAGAGGCUCUUCCAACUCUGACUGUCACAACGAUCCUGGAAGAUCCUUACGUCAUGGUGAGGAGUGCGGAACUGGAGGGGUACUGCAUCGACCUGCUGAAGGCUCUGGCUGCAAUGCUCCGGUUCCGCUACAGGGUGAAGGUGGUGGGCGAUGGGCAGUACGGAGCCGUCUCUCCCAGCGGGAACUGGACUGGGAUGAUCGGUGAAGUUCUGAGACGGGAAGCAGACAUUGCGGUGGCUCCGCUGACGGUCACAUCGGCGAGGGAAGAGGUGGUCUCCUUCACCACCCCGUUCCUGCAGACCGGGAUCGGAAUCUUGCUCCGCAAAGAAACCCUCUCUCAGGAGAUGUCGUUCUUCCACUUCCUGGCUCCUUUCAGCAAGGAGACCUGGACCGGCCUUUUGUUUGCCUACGUGCUGACGUGCUUCUGCCUCUUUCUUGUUGCCAGGCUGAGCCCCUGUGAAUGGAAUGAGCCAAAGAAUGAAGAGAAUCAUUUCACUUUCUUAAACAGCCUCUGGUUUGGAGCAGGAGCCCUUGCCCUGCAAGGUGUCACCCCUCGGCCCAAGGCUCUCUCUGUGCGGGUCGUCGCUGCUGUCUGGUGGCUCUUCACCAUCGCCCUGCUGGCUGCCUACAUCGCCAACUUCACCGCCCUGCUGAGCUCUGGCAGCGAGCAGCUCCCCAUCCAGACCUUUGAGGAUCUGGUGAAGCAAAGGAAGCUGGAGUUUGGGACACUGGAGGGCUCCUCUACCUUCUACUUCUUCAAGAACUCCAAGAAUCCCAUCCAUCAGAUGAUCUAUGAAUACAUGGACAAGAGACGAGACCAUGUUUUAGUCAAGACCUACCAGGAGGCAGUUCAGCGGGUGAUGGAGACGAACUACGCCUUCAUCGGGGAAUCCAUCUCCCAGGACCUCGCCGCCGCCCGGCACUGCAACCUCAUCAGGGCCCCCGAAGUCAUCGGAGCCAGAGGAUUUGGCAUCGCCACCACCCAGGCGUCCCCAUGGACGAAGCAGCUCUCAGUCGCUGUCCUCAAACUGCGCGAGUCCGGAGACCUCGACUACCUGCGCAACAAGUGGUGGGAGAGCAGCUGCCUCCACAGGAGCAGGGAGCGGUGGGGCCCGCUGCAGCCCCAGGCGCUGGGGGGGCUCUUCCUCACCCUGGCCAUCGGCCUGGCCCUGGGCGUCAUCGCAGCCGUGGCCGAGCUCUCGAAUAAGAGCAGACACGCUGCUGGACAUGCCAAGAAAUCUUGCUGUGCUGUUUUCACAGAAGAAAUCUGCACUCGUCUGCAUAUAAAGAAAAACACAAGACAGAGCCAGGAGACUUCGGGGAGGGCUAACCCUUAA